GUAAAUCCUUACUAAUCAUUUAAUGUCGUAUUUAUUACUGUAAGUGGGAAUGAUAUUUGUCUCAUACGCAUUUAUAAAAUUUCUAUUUCCGUUUUAGUCCGUACAAGUUAUUUUAUCCAAACAAUUGUUAGAUUAUAAAAAUUCCACGUUCGACCAGUAAUUGAAAUAGUUAUCGAAAGUUUUAAGGAUAACAAAAAACAUGACUUCAAAAAUAUGGGAUCCCGAAUUCGAAUGCAGUUGUCCACGAGCCUGUUUGCGCAAGUUUAUGCAUUCCAGAGAUAUUCAACAGCGCUGUGUAGUAUAUGCAAGCUUUUGCUUUCAAAGACUUGAUCAUGUUAUUAAAUUACAAGCCGAUUUUAAAAACGGGAUCGAAUUGAUGUUUGAUGGUAAACCUCUCAAAGAAGCAGUAGGAGUAGACUUUUUCAAGUACCGUGCGGUUGCUGUCAUAUCAGCAAAGAGGCUGAUUCUAGACUUUGAAAAAUGUCCAAAGGCAAAAGAAAUCAUCAAGGGUACGAUCUACGAAACAUUCUACUUCGAAAUGAAAGAAAAAUAUUCAGAAGCUAUCGAUAAACUUAUGAAAAUUAGCGAUGAAGAUAUCCAGCUGCUGAGAGAGGAUAGUCAUCACGAGAUUGAUUUGUAAUUACCUAUUAAUCAAUUAUUACUCUGUAUUAAAAAAA